GCGGGGCGGGCUCGCGCGCGGAAGGAUCUCGUGGAGGGAUCGCGACGCCGUUACUGUUCGCGUCAUGGUGGUGUUGCGGAGCAGCGCUGCGCGUCCUCCCGCCUGCGGCGGACGCCCCCCCCGGCGUCCCCCCUUCGAGCUCAUGGACUCCAGCUCCGAGUUUAUCUCCUUGGAGUCCCCCUCCUUCAGCAGCGGCCGCCGUAUCUGGACUCGGUCCGAGGCCGCCUCGGCCGCCGCCAGGGCCGCGGAAGCCCGCAGGGCGCGGACAACCGGCGGGGCAGAAUUUUCCUCUGGCAAAAUUGAAUGCUUCGAUGGACAGUCUUUAAGAUCAAUGAGGAAAAACGCGCCUCCCUGUUCAGACUCUAGCUUUGAAAAAAGCAUGGAAAUACUAAGCAAAAAUGUCAGUCAAAGACACUUUACAAGGCAGUUGGCAAAGCCGAAAUCGGACCAAAAGAAAGAAGAGUAUAAAGAAGUCACCAGAACGCUGAAGACCAGAGCUGAUGCAAAAGCUGCGAAACAAGUCCAUGAAGAAAAUGAGGAUUUGGAGGUCCACCGAAGAUGCACACUUCGAGAACGUCGUUAUACCACUACAAAUCAAUCUGUUUUGUUUGACAAACUUAUAACAAAUACUGCAGAAGCAGUCUUGCAGAAGAUGGAUGAUAUGGAGAAGAGGCGUAGACGGCAAAUGAUGGAAGACCUUGGGGUGUUCCACGAUGCAAAAGAAGAAAACCUUGAUAUGUACUCCCGAGGAAAGAAAGAAAUCCAGAGAGCUGAUGAAGAAAUAGCUGAUAAUCAAGUUUCAUCAGAAGAAAGUGAAGAGAAAGAUGAUGAUGAUGAUGGUGAAGACGGUGAAGACACUCGAAAGCGUUAUGACUUUCGACAGAGGAAAACUGUUGAACGCUAUCAAGCUCCGUUACAAACGCCAAGACAACGAAAGAUAGAUUUUCCAGGCCGGUCUUCACCUGUCAGACAGAGAUAUUCAUUUAGAAGUGCUCAGGCACAAGGCUCUUGCUGCAAAAGAACUAACAGACGGAGACAUGCAGUCCACAACAGUGAUUCCACAUCCUCUUCCUCAUCAUCCUCAUCUGAUGAUGAAGAGCAUUUUGAGAGGCGAAGGAAGCGCAGCUGUAACAGAGAUUUAAGUCAAGUCAGGUGUCUUCCGCUAAACUUUCGGAAGGAUGAUUUAAAGGGAAUUCACAAGGAUCGAAUGAAAAUUGGAGCAAGUCUGGCUGAUGUUGAUCCAAUGAAAAUAGAUUGUUCGGUGCGAUUUAAUGGUGUGGGUGGUCUUUCUGACCACAUUUCAGCUUUAAAAGAGAUGGUCAUUUUUCCACUGCUUUACCCUGAAGUCUUUGAGAGAUUCAAAAUUCAGCCUCCAAGAGGCUGCCUGUUCUAUGGCCCACCAGGGACUGGAAAGACACUCGUUGCUCGGGCACUUGCUAAUGAAUGUAGCCAAGGUGAUAGGAGAAUAGCCUUUUUUAUGAGAAAAGGUGCCGACUGUCUGAGUAAAUGGGUCGGGGAAUCUGAACGACAGCUUCGUUUAUUAUUUGAUCAGGCCUACCAGAUGCGACCUUCAAUUAUUUUCUUUGACGAGAUAGAUGGUCUUGCUCCUGUGCGAUCCAGUAAACAAGACCAGAUUCAUAGCUCUAUUGUAUCAACACUUCUGGCACUUAUGGAUGGCUUGGACAGCAGAGGAGAGAUCGUAGUAAUUGGAGCAACCAACAGACUGGAUUCUAUAGAUCCUGCUUUACGAAGACCUGGACGGUUUGAUCGAGAGUUCCUCUUCAGCUUGCCAAAUAAAGAGGCUAGAAAAGAGAUUUUCAAGAUUCACACACAAGACUGGACCCCUAAGCCAUUGGACAUGUUUCUUGAAGAGCUAGCUGAAAAAUGCGUGGGAUACUGUGGUGCUGAUAUUAAAUCUUUAUGUACUGAAGCUGCCCUCUGUGCUUUGCGUCGCCGCUAUCCUCAGAUAUACAACAGUAGCGAGAAACUGCAGUUAGAUAUCGCCUCUAUUAAAAUAACAGCAAAGGAUUUUGUUGUGGCUAUGCAGAAGACUGUUCCAGCUUCACAGAGGGCUGUGACUUCACCAGGUCGAGCGCUAUCACCUAUUUCAAAACCACUGCUUGAAAACACCCUAGCAAGAAUUUUACAAGCCUUACAGAGAGUAUUUCCGCACGCAGAGCUUGCACUAAAAAAGGACCAACAGCAAGACAGUUUAAAUUAUAUUUUAAGAAAUCAUACAAUUGACAGUGACGAGGAAUCACCAUCAAUCUUUGAAGAUAAGCCAACGCAUAAAACGCCUGGUAGAAGAAAGGAAGAAUUCCUCAAUUUUAGCAGAAAUGCUUAUUACCAGCCAACAUCUGGCAGGCCCCGACUCUUGCUUGUAGGAGAGCCAGGAUAUGGGCAAGCUUCUCAUUUGGCACCUGCGAUAAUACAUUCCCUGGAAAAGUUUCCAGUUUAUCCACUAGACUUAUCCAUUUUGUUUGUAAACACCACAUCAGCAGAAGAAACAUGUGCACAGUUGAUGCGAGAAGCUCAAAGAACAGCACCGAGUAUAAUUUAUAUCCCACAUAUCCAUUUGUGGUGGGAGGCUGUUGGAGCUACAGUGAAAGCUACUUUUACAAUGUUACUGCAGAACAUUCCAACAUUUGCUCCAGUUUUACUGCUUGCGACAUCUGAUGUGCGUCAUGCAGAUCUCCCAAAAGAGGUAAGAGAAUUGUUUAUUAAUGAUUAUGAAGUUUUUGAAGUCCAGUUGUCUAGUGAGGCAGAACGAAGAAUGUUUUUUGAGGACUUGAUUUUAAAUCAAGCUGCUAAACCUCCUGCAUCAAAAAAUAACACAGCUUGGCAGACAUUGGAAGUACUGCCUGUAGCACCGCCGCCUAAGCCUCGACAACUGACAGAGGAAGAAAUAAGAAAGCUGGAGGAGCAGGAGGAGGAUACAUUGCGUGAACUUAGGAUUUUCUUAAGGGAUGUGACUCAUAGACUUGCCAUUGACAGACGUUUCAGAGCAUUUACAAAGCCUGUUGACCCAGAGGAGGUACCUGAUUACGAUGCAGUUAUUAAACAGCCCAUGGACCUUUCAGCAGUUCUGUCUAAGAUUGACUUGCACCAGUACCUAACUGCAAGAGAUUUUUUAAAAGACAUUGAUCUAAUCUGCAGCAAUGCUUUAGAGUACAACCCAGAUAGAGAUCCUGGAGACCGUCUUAUUAGGCACAGAGCUUGUACUUUGAGAGAUACUGCAUAUGCCAUAGUGAGGGAAGAAAUGGAUGAAGACUUUGAACAACGCUGUGAAGAAAUUCAAGAAUCCCGUAAGAAAAGAGGUUGUAGCUCUUCAAAGUAUGCCCCAUCUUAUUACCAUGUAAUGCCAAAGCAGAACUCUCUUCCUGGGUGUAAGAAAACAGACCUAAAGUGUGAUGAAAAAACGAAGAUGCCAGCAGUACCUGUAGACUGCAGCACACCCCGCACUAACAGUAGGUCAAAAAGAAAACGCAGAAACAACAAAGGGUCCUCAAGAAUCGCCACAAAGAGGAGAAAUUGUCAGUUCAAUAAAGAGAAUAAAGUUCCAGAAGACCAAACUGAAGGAGAGAGUGAUGAAGAGUCUCCAGAAAAACAUGUUUCUAACACAGAGCGCACUGAGGUUGAGUCUGCACAGGACUCUUCUAUGGAAGAAAAUGAAAACGUACUUCAAGAACGAUGGAAAUAUGGGAAUGAAAAUAAAUCUGGGACAGAAGUGGCUAAGUCCACCUCUGAAAAGAAAAGCAUUGUUCUUCCUGAACAUUCAGACCUAGGAAAGGAGAGUGAAAUGCUGGAUUGCCAAAUAGUAGAAAGUUCUGAAGAGGGAGAUUCAAAUGACGCGUGGGCGCUCCGUAUGACUCGCGCGAGACGUUCCCGGGCUGAAGAGCAACGGAUGAUAGGUGUCAAAAAAGCAAGGGAAGUUCUCACACAGCCAGUGAUUGUGGAUUACUGUGAGCUCAAACAACUGUUGCAUUUCGUCACUGCCAUAAGUGAGAACUUCAGUAUAUUUCACUUGGAAAAACUAUAUGCUCUUCUCAGUCAGUGCAUUUACCGACAUCGGGAAGAUUAUGACAAAACCAGACUAGUGAAGGAAAUGAAGAAAGAAAUCACAGCCUUCAGUUGUGCUCAGUGACGCUUCUGCUCUGUAACAUUCUCUUUUCGUUGCAUGUUGUUGUUUGUGCAAAGUUCUAUAAAGAUUACUUCUACAUAUAUAUUUAUAUAUAUAAAAGAAAUAGAUCUUAAAAUUUAUUAAGAAAGAUCAAAUAAAGUCCUUCCGUUGCUUUUACUUUAUAUUUUUAUCCUACAUGUAUUUUUUUAUAUGACAUAAUGCUGCGACUGGCUUUGGAACACUGCAGAUCUGUACAUCUCCCAGCUAAUUCAAUACCUGUCUUUAUAAGAAAAUGAUUGAAAACUUGAUAAAUUUUUAUCACUGUUUUCCAGCUUGUAGGAAUACAUUUUUCUGAAGCAGUCUGUGGUGCUAUAUAUAGUCCAUUGCAUAGUACGUGAAGGUUUUAGACCAGCUCUCAGUUUGAUGCAUGAAAUGUAAAUCCUUUACAAACCUCUUAAUGCAGUUCGGAGGUGAUUUUUUUUUUUUUUUUUUAAUUAACUGAUAGCACCUCAAGUGGCUUUCACAGAAUUGACAACCUAAAGAAAGUAUGUGGGGGAAAAAAGGACUUUCGCUAUGUCAUGUUUUUGUCAAAAAAACCCUAACCUGAAACAAAGCAAGAUUUACUGCUGUAACUUUCUAAGGUAAAGUUUAGUCUUGCUUGUAAUAAUGACAAUCAUGUUGAUCUUGGAGAAUUGCAUUUUUAUAUAAAUCAUUAGUCACUGAUCAGGUGGCUUGUAGUUGAAUUAAAUUGUAAAUAGCUUUCUAGUUACCAGGAGAGAAUUCUAUCUGCUUAUUACAUAAAAUUGAACAUAUUGUUGGUGAUAAAUAUAUUUAAGUAAAAGAAAAGCAAAGCAAUACCCUGCCUGAAGAUGCCUGCCUCUUCAAAGCACCAGCAAAAAUGUCUCUCAGUUAAUUUGGCAGUUAAUUAUUAAAAAAUAUUAAUAACACAAAGAGUAAUUUUAUGAGCAGAAAAACUUAUAUCAGUUGCGAUAAAAUAUGGGGCACAAUACACUGCUGUUCUUCCAUCUCGCCUCGCAUACAGGUGAUUCUGAACACCUAACUGUGUAGUCCCUCUGUGCGUGUUUGGUUUCUUACCUAUGUUUUAGUUCUCUUUUUUUGUUUCUUUCCAGUUUGUUUGUCCAAACAUUUGUGUACUAUGCAGAUUUUUUUCUUUUAUCUGUGUUGUUUGGAUGGGUAUUAACAAAAAAUGAAUCACCUGGGUGAGGUAUCUGUUCUAUUUUAAUCACAGGAUAUUUUUGAUCAUGAACAACCUUACACUUAAACAGCUGGAGUCUAAAGACUUUAAAGAAAGCACUUAUUCCACACUUGGUGUAUUGGUUCUACAGCAAAGGCAAGCACAGGAGGAAGAAAAAUUACAUUGAAAAUUUACAUUUUAAUAUAAUGUAUUAC